GGCAUAUCUGAAGGUAAAGGAAAUGGAUCUGUUGGAAUGCAAACACCAUCUGUGUCUCAACACUUAGACCAGAUAUCAUCUGAUGCAUCGCAACUUCUUCCAAAUCCUAAGAGAAGGAAGAUUUCCAGUUCUCCUAUGUAUGACACCAGUGAUAUCCUCAACUUCAAUUUAUGUUCAUUUUCACUUGGUAGUACACAAGGGACUGAUUCAGAAGGUAAUUCUGAUGUUGUUGUUGUUCGUGAAGAGAGACAAGAACGUCGUGAACAGCAGGGAGUUGGUCAAGUAUCUGCCACUAUGGCUGUGGUUUCUCCCCCUACUGGUGAACAACAACAGUUAGUUGUGAUGGAGCAGCAGGAAGAGCAAGCAAAAGGAAAACCAGAAAAAAGGGAAAAGGAUUCGUAUGGAGAGUAUUUGGUUGAGAUCUCCUUACGUAGUUCAUAAACUAAAGGAAAGGGGGCAAGAUUGGAAAGUAGGAAAGAAUAUACGAAGGUGUCCCUUCCAUUAUGUUAAUCAAGACAGUGGAUUGAUGCAAAGAUUUACAGAGUGGUUGGAGAUGGAUGCCAGUGAAUAUGAUUCCAAUCCAUUCAGAUUAGCUGGAAUUGAUAUUCAAAAAUCAUUCUUUACCGAGCUUAUGGAUCCUAACUCUGAUCUUGCGGAUGAACAUAUGGAUGUGGGCAUAUAUUACUUGCGCAAAAAAUAUUGCUAUCACCUUCCAGCUUAUCCAAAAUCAAUAUUUGCAGUAACUGAUUUAAUUUUUGAUCAGUAUAUGACUAAGCUGGCUGGUAUUCAUCCUUCAAAAGAACAGAUGGAUAAAAUUAGAAAAAGGAAGCAAAAGAGAAUGGAGGAUCAAAA